AUUUAUUCAACACAUGUAUUAAGUAUUUUUGUUUACAUUUUUCAGAAUUUAGUUUUGUUGUGAAAAAUAAUAAUUUUGAAGUGGAUAAUAUUUUGUUUGUGAAAACUUAAAUUGUGUGAAAUUAUUUAUUACAUUAAAAAACACCUCUCAGAUUUGGAAUAUAUUUAUAUAAAAAGAACUUCGCUAAAAUGAUGCACUAUCGAAAAGGCGAAAAUAUCGAGGAAGAAAUAACCAAGGAGAAUUUACCAUUCGAAAAUCUUCCAAAGGAUUUUUUAUGGAUGCAUGUUAAAGGCGGCACCAAAGUCUCAAAUGUGAUCGAUUAUGCUAAAAAGUCACUCGACAAGGCUGAGUAUCGUACGCUAGUAUGGUCGGGCUAUGGAGGUGGAAUUGUCAAGACGAUAUCGUGUGCAGAAAUCCUUAAACGUAGUUAUCCACUUCAUCAAAUUACCCGAUUAACAUAUAAGACAAUUGAGGAACAAUGGGAGCCCCAAAUGGAGGGCCUGGAACAAAUUAUUGCUAAUCGACAGAUACCUUGCAUUCAUAUUCUGCUCACACUUGACGAGGUCGAUGAAAAAACAAAUGGCCUUCAAAAGAGUGGAAAUAAAACGUCUUUUUGGGUGGAGCGUUCUGCAAACGAUUCAAAAUCUAAUCAACCUAGUGGGUCUGGUAGAAACAGAAAAGACCAAGGGAAACAAAGAUACGGAAAUCAAAAUAAAAAUUCGAGAAAUCCAAAUAAACCCUUUAAUCAGAAUAAGCCACCUCAGCAAAAACAACAAAGACCAAAACCUCCAAAUCCGGAACCAAUGGAUUCUUAGUUGAUAACUACAUAAUGACUCUUUAGAGUAAAUUUUUGUACAAAAAAAGAAUAUGUAAUUCUAGUUGAAUGGCUCGUUUUGUAGGAACUACAAAGACUUGGCCUUAAGCGGGAUGUAUUUUUUUUGUUUGUGCUUUUAUAUUUUAUUUAUACUAACAAUAAGUGCAUUGCAACGAAAUAAAAAUGUGUCUAUGUCUUA